GAAUGGACAGAGACAAAGAGUCGUCAGAGAGAAUAUAGCAUAAGAGCAUCAAAUAUGGAAUCUGUUCCUUGCCCUUCUUGCUUAACAAACGCACCAAGGAAAGCAAGCAAGCUAUCAACAUGAACAUGAAGGUACUUAAUUUUUUUAAUAUUACCACUCCCCAACCAUCAUGGUCGUUAACGUAUCUGCAACUAUCUCUCUCCAUGAAAACGAAACACACAACUCCACCCAACACUGCCACGUUUCAUUCUCCCUAAUACAAAUAGAGAAAAUAGUCUAUCUCCCCCUACAUACCCUUUAUUUAUUACACGGUAAAUGAAGCGCUUACAGCCAAGAAAAAAUGUACAUUUGACUAUCCCAUAACAUAAUUUAUUAAAAAGUGCGGCUCCUGCUGACGCAAGCUGUUGGAGCAUCUAGAUCUUAGACAGCUAAAAGAAGUUUCCUCUCUUACUCACUCUCUCUCUCUCUCCAAGUGAGGAGAGCAAUUUGCGGAAACCAAAACCCAGACAUGAAUUGGGGGAAACAAAACUUAACAACCACCCAAAGCCACGCGAAUUCAGCAUGAAAUUCAAUUUCAAACCACAUCACUCUCUCUUCUUAAUUAUCAUAAUCUCACUUUUGUCCAUAUUAUCCCUCGCUAAACCCCUCAAUGAAUCUCACAUUACACGAAGAAUCCUCCACCAACCACUUUUCCCCGCCGCUUCAGCGCCACCACCCUCGCCUGCUCAAUUGCCACCGCCGGUGGACACUCCACCCACUCCGGACACCAACAUUCCAUUCUUCCAUGAGUAUCCGACUGGACCACCACCGGAUCAGACGCAAUCAGCGCCAUCAACACCUUCCAACACCACCAUCGCCAACCCGACGGCCACGCAGCCGACCAAGGGGACAAAGAAGGUGGCAAUUGCCAUCUCCGUCGGAAUUGUGACGCUUGGGAUGCUCUCGGCGCUGGCGUUCUUCUUGUACAAGCACAGGGCCAAGCACCAUGCGGAGACACAGAAGCUCGUCGGUGGAAACUCGCAGAGGAACUUGGAUGAUUCGAGAGCGCCACCGCCAUCGAGCUUUCUCUACAUUGGGACCGUGGAGCCCACGCGCACCAACGCGAGUGAGCCAAUCAGGUCGCCGUAUCACAAACUAAAUUCCGUUAAGCGGUCGGAUCGGUACCGUCCGAGCCCCGAGCUGCAGCCAUUGCCGCCUCUCAGUAAACCUCCCGACGGGAAUUUCCCGCCGGCGGUGUCACCGUCUUCGUCGUCCGACGAGGAGAGCCACGACACGGUGUUUCACUCGCCGCAGAACUCGUCGGUUAGAGAUGACGACGGGUACUACACGCCAGUUUCGCGACAGAGUUAUCUGUCCAACGGUAACCCCGCGGCCGUGGCGCCCACGGUGAGGAAGGAAGCCAAUUCUUCGACGCCGACUCCGGUUCCGUUCUCGAAGAGGACUUCACCAAAGUCGCGAUUGUCUGGUCCGUCGCCGGAUGUAAGACACGUCAUCAUACCGCCUAUGAAGAAGGCUCCGCCGCCACCGGUAAAGGAUGAGGAAGAGCAUGUGGCUUUGGGACAUUCUAGAAAGCCAAAGUUCUCAGCUCCUCCCCCAGCACCGAAUUUGACGCAUCUUCAGUCAACACUCACAAACACACCCCCGCACGUGAUUGGGAACCCACUUAAUCAUCGGCCACCACCACCACCACCACCUCCUCCUCCUCCACCCCCGCGGAAAACAGGGUCUCCGGGAGUAAGUGUUUCCUCAUCUUCUGUAUCGAGAAAGCAACAGUCUCGUUCUCCAACUGAAGGGAAUCGCGAGGCUUCUAUUUCUGGUGUUAGGGUGAGUAAAAGUUCAGAGCAAAAUGGAAAUGGAAACGGAGACGGUGAGAAAAGUUAAAAGCUUUGCAUUGGGAUAAGGUCCGUGCUUCCUCAGAUCGUGUUACUGUGUGGGACCAGUUAAAAUCCAGUUCCUUCCAAUUGAAUGAGGACAUGAUGGAGUCUUUAUUUGGCUGUAAUGCCACUAACUCUGCCCCUAAAGAACCUCCUAAGAAAACGGUUCUGCCUUCCAUUGAUCAUGAGAACAGGGUGCUUGACCCCAAGAAGUCUCAGAACAUAGCUAUACUACUCAGGGCACUAAAUGUCACCAGGGAUGAGGUCUCCGAAGCUCUUUUAGAUGGGAAUCCUGAAGCUUUGGGUGCUGAGCUAUUGGAAACACUAGUAAAGAUGGCUCCUACUAAAGAGGAAGAGAUAAAACUCAAAAACUACAAUGGUGACCUCUCAAAACUUGGGUCAGCGGAAAGGUUUCUUAAAGCUGUGCUUGAUAUCCCUUUUGCCUUUAAGAGGGUUGAAGCUAUGCUAUAUAGGGCUAACUUUGAUUCAGAAGUCAACUAUCUCAGGAAGUCUUUUCAAACCCUGGAGGCAGCAAGUGAGGAAUUAAGGAACAGCCGGUUAUUCCUCAAACUCCUUGAAGCUGUUCUCAGAACAGGAAACAGAAUGAAUGUCGGCACCAAUAGAGGCGAUGCCAAAGCUUUCAAACUUGACACACUCUUAAAACUUGUAGAUAUAAAGGGAACAGAUGGAAAGACCACAUUGCUUCACUUUGUGGUCCAGGAGAUUAUUAGAUCUGAAGAUGGAGGCGGGGAAUCCGCGAAUGGUAGUGUUCAGAACCAAAUGGAUUCCAAAUUUAAUGAGGACGAGUUUAAGAAGCAAGGAUUACAAGUUGUGGCUGGGCUGAGUAGAGACCUUAGUAAUGUUAAGAAAGCAGCAAGAAUGGAUUCAGAUGUCUUAAGCAGCUAUGUUUCGAAGCUCGAAACAGGGCUUGAUAAAGUGCGACUGGUAUUGAAAUAUGAGAAGCCAGAUACGCAGGGGAAUUUCUUCAACUCCACAAAGCAAUUUCUGAAAUAUGCUGAAGAAGAAAUCACGAGGAUUAAGGCUGAUGAGAAGAAGGCCUUGUUCCUUGUGAAAGAAGUAACAGAAUACUUCCAUGGGGAUGCAGCAAAAGAAGAAGCCCACCCUUUCAGAAUCUUUAUGAUUGUAAGAGACUUCCUAAAUAUUCUGGAUUUGGUCUGCAAGGAAGUGGGAAGGAUGCAUGAUAGAAUUGUCGGCUCCGCGAGAUCAUUCCGCAUAGCCGCAAGUGCACCAUUACCUGUUCUCAACAGGUACAGUGCAAAGCAGGAUACAAGCUCGGACGAGGAAAGCUCAUCCCUCUAGUAUUGUGAAUACAAAAAGAAAGUAACAGGGAACAUAAAUGAAUGUUUUUGGGAAUAUUUUAGUUUAAAACCAUUUUUACAAUGGCAAAAGGAUUUUACUAGUAAAUCGAGAAGUAUAACCAUAUCUUAGAUUUGAACAUCAAAAUCCUUAGCAACACAGUUGGGAUAAAGAUGGGUUGGCAGAGUUUCAAUGCCACCUGAAAGCUUAGAUGAAAAAUUUCAAAUGGGAAGUGCAAAGGGAAAGGGGGAUGCAUUGUUUUGUUUCUUUCAACUAUGCAGCAGUAUGCUAUAGUCGAAAUAGGUUACGUUAGAUUAAUGAGUUCCACACUUGCUCAUAUUGUAGAAUGUUUUCAUUUCACCCAAGAGGCCUCUUAUAUGUAUUUUUUGAAUCAAUUAUUAAUAAUAAUGAAUAUCAGUUUAUUUAUC